AUGGUGUACAGUAUUCUUCACCCCGGGUCACCUCCGACACCUCGGUCACCUGGUCACCUGGUCACCCGGUCACCUUCGACACCUCGAACACCUGGUCACCCGGUCACCCUCGACACCUUGAACACCUCGGGUGACUCCAUAAAAGGAAGGUGA